CAGGUACUAGGAGAAAUCCUUGUGGCAUGGCAGAGUUAUACAGCAAUUUUACCAGACGAACUAGACCUGGCAGUGGGAGAUGCAGUCGAAUUAUUAAACACAGAAGAUUCCAGUUCAUCAGCUAAGAGAAUCAAACUUGACCCAGAACUGGACAAGGUUUCAGGAGAGCUACUAGAUAACUCUGCUGCUCGCCAUAAACUGUCUGUCAAACCAAAACGCAACCAUCUUAGUUCGAGACAUUCCCCAACUAGGUUAAACAUAAAUCAAAGAUGGCUAGUGAAACAAGUGAAAGGAGAUAAGCAAGGAUGGGUUCCAUGCAGAAUUCUGCAGACUGCGGACGAUCCAACUUUCAAUACUACUGGCCUUCCAGGAGAUGCAGAAUUCAGAAGACUGGCUGUUGUGAAAGAGCUCAUCGAGACCGAACAAGAAUUUGUACGAGACCUGGAUCAUGUCGUAGAACGCUAUCUUAUCCCUUCAGAAUCUGGAAAAGUACCAAAAAUUGUCAAGGACAACUUCGAUGUCAUCUUCGGAAACCUCAAAGAAAUAGCCGAAUUUCAUAGGACAGUUUUGAUAGAAGGUGUGAAAUAUCAAGCGAAGAAUCCUGUGAUGAUUGGAAAGACGUUUCUACGGCUAGAAAGAGACUUCGACAAACACGUUAGGUACUGCAGUGAUGAACCCGUAGCUCAGGAGUUGCUGGAUACAUGCGAUGAAAUUUUCGAUUAUUUUGCAGUAAGUACCUAUAAUGAACAGUAAUGUUGCGAGA